AUGAGGAAAAAAAGAACAGCCACAAGACUAGUCGACCAUAAAGAGCCACAAGAAGUUGAUUUCAACAAUAUCGGUCAGCAUGUUGGGAAGAAACAAAGUAAGUUUGCUAACGAGUGUGGUGUUAUUACGAGGUCGGUGAUUUCUGUUGAAUAUACGAGUUGGAAGAAAGUGCCAAUUGCUCAAAAAGAUAUACUAUGGUCGGCGAUUAAGAUAAAAAGCGAGCGUUCACUGCAUUAUGUUUUGGGUAGAAGAUCUAAAAAUGAGUUGGGGUUAAACAUAAUACCGCCUACCAUACAACCCAUAAUGGACGAGCUUGUCGAUGUCCAGACUCAAAUCUCUGAAGGAGAUUUGGAGCUCAGUCCAGGAGAGGACUUGUUGACAAAGACAACGAUAGAUCUGAUGGGCUCCCAAUUGGCAAAGCUACAAGCACACUUUGACUUACAACAGGGGCCUAGGAACCAUGCCCCAGAUGAUGUAAGCUUAGGGGUUCAACAAAAUAAUUGUGGCUCGACUCCAACAUUAGAUGCUUUGGAUGCGAUAAAGAUGCCUACCCCUUGUGAAUUGGUGUUACCCUAUGGGGAGUUGGACCAAAAAUGUGCCAAGGGAUUGGUAUUUCCAUAUGGGAAUGGGUUAAUACACACAUUGCCUUUACGAAAAAAUCACCUGAAGGUUCUGAUAGACGACAUCGAUAGUAGAUAUGAAAAUUUUCCUGUUCCUGUGAUGACAAAAGAAGUUGCUAACCUACAAUGGACAGUUGGCACUACACGUAUGAACAAAUGCGCUUUAUUGAACCUUUAUAAUAUUCUAGGAGAGGCAUGCCAUAAAAACCCAGAGGGUGUCGUUAGUUAUCUUGUUGAUUCCAUUCGUCUGCACCACGGAAAAUUGUUUCUCAUUGCACCAUAUUUGCAAAAUAAGCAUUGGGUGCUCUUGGUGAUUUCCCUUCGCAAUCGUGUUGUCUAUAUUUUGGAUUCUCUUAAGGAUCGUAUACAAAAGUCUGCUGACUACCAUUACCUGCUCAAAAAACAUGUGGACAUGGCUUUCAUGAGGUAUGAAAAAAACACUUCAACUCCAUUUGGCUGGAUUUUUGCUGAGUGCAACCAACAACUUGGUGGUUUAGAGAGCGGACAUUAUGUUAGGCGCUGGAUGUUUGAUUUCUUGAUGACAAGACAACAUGGAUUUCCAAGUAAAUCUGGUAGCAUUUGGGAUGACAAAAGUCCCUUCGAAGAAAAGAUGUUGGUUGCAACUGUUGCUACCUGGUCUAGAGAGUUUUUGAAUAACUAUAUGAAUGAUGUGGUCCUCUAA